AUGUCCUACGCAAUUAUUAAAAACCCGUCAACGUUUCGACAGAGAGCAUCCAAUCAAAAGACAUUCGAUCAAUUGUAUCAAGACGGAGAAUGGACUAGCGGCGCCAGCAGUUGGGGUCGCCGAGAGUUGUUCGCCGCCCGUGUGAUUUCCUCAGGACCCUCUGACGAUAUCGAGUCAUUGACAAGAUCUUACCCUGAUCCUAACAAGCGAUUGAGCCAACCUUUGAAUGGUUUUGUCCAUGGUAUGCCCAGUAUGGAUGAGUUGGGUCAGAAGUGGGAUCCUGAGCUGGUUCGAGGAACCAAUCCGGAGUGUCUGGGCCUUGUCUGGGCAGCUCUAGCAGAGUUCGUUCGACGAGAGAAGUUGUCCCGUCUUGUGGCCGCUCCUCCAGCUGCCAGUGGUUCCUCGGGGUCGAGGCCUACAAGGUUAGCAGCUGAAGUAUCUCGCGAAAGGACCCAGGAGGUGCAGCGGAUCACAGGAGAGUUUCGACGUUCUCGAUCUUCUUCUCGAUCUCCUUCCACUACGAGUGCUUCGUCAGGCUCCCUCUUUGGUUAUGUCGAACCCACGUAUAUGCCUCUUUUAGAGGGUUCGACAAUCCGCUUGGUCAGUUCACUCUGCGGAUUACUGCUCAUUUAUGGCCAGAGUCGGGAAAGCACAAGACCACCGUUGAUAUGGCGGGCCGACAACUUGGUUUCCAGUUUCGUCGGCGGCGAACGGACAAUCUCUGCUGCUGACGAUGGCGGUAUCCAGAUGUGGGACACUGCCCGUCGAGUUUUCAGACAAGUCGCCUUGCUAGAGGCCAAGCGAACUUUGGAGUUUGUCGGCGGAAAGCCGUUCGUCACGGACGAAGUUCUGGCCCAGAUGGUGGGCCAAGCAUUGGCCUUGCAUCGAUCCAACAACCCUUUAUACGUCGCAGCCAGUCCAGAGAGGUAA